CGUGAAGCUGAAAACAUAUCUAGUCGAUAUUACAAAAUCCGAGAUAUAUGUCAGAUAUAACGCGAGCUUAUUUUGCAGAUAAACGCAUGCGUCAGCGCUGCUGGUGUUGUUUCGGUUUCUUAGUAAUCGUAUCAGGUCACUGCGCUGUAUAAACAUGCUCGUUCCAGGGCCGGGGUCAGGGGUCACCUGCUACAUAGUUCCUUGAGGGAUUCCCAGUCUAUCGCUCGUUGCGGUUUGUCUGACGGAUUCGUGGCGUUCAGGUGUAGCUGGUGGACUCGUAUCUACAGAGCCAGAUCGAGUCGACCAAACCAACACAUCUUGUGAGCGUGACAGAUUCAGACACACAGUUGUCCAAACGGACACUCGACCUACCGCCAAGCAUGGACAAACCUGGGCCUCGCCGGCGCGGACGAAGGGAGGCAACUCCAGACAAACCAAGCACAACAUCAGGUACAGAUCAAUCCGAACCUCCAAACCUGCCGGACCAAGAGAUACAGAGCGACAGACUUCGGGAUACCAUAUUGCCUUAUGUGAGGCCUGCAUUGGAGGGUAUUAUAUUCCUAGUCGUGAUCUACCUGUUGUGUGUACACUGUACAACACCCGACCACACCGAGCGCGCUCUGUUGGACGUUCUCAAAGGUCAAUGCGGAAACGACGCCGCGAACGCCAAGAAAUGUAUUCAGAAAUUACUGACACGAAAGAACUCGAAUAACGUGUGUAAAAACGGUGUAAGGGAGGAAUGUGUUACGCCAGAUUUGACCCACCUUGAGAGUCAGUUCGAGAACCUAAAGCAGCAAUUCAAACAUCUUCGAGACAACAAGUGGAUUGCUAGACUUGAAUCAGUUUUUGACGAUCCCAGUCAUAUGUCCGAACCUUUGAUUUAUCUGAAGGACAAUUAUCGAGAUUUGGAAACUAUUAGCUCCGCCGGUGCACACAGCAAUGAUGGGACAGAUUUGAGUGGGGUUGAAGCCAAGGUUAAGAAGCUGGAAAACUCCAUUGAAGACGUAAACAAGGAUCUUACUGAAACGAAAACAAAACUUACUGAAACCAGUACGAAACUCACUGAAACCAAUACGAAACUUACUGAAACUAGUACGAAACUUACUGAAACCAACUCGAAGCUUGUGAAAGUAGAGGACAGUACUGUCCAGCAUGAGAGGUGGAAAGGGGUUGUCCAGGAUACCGUAAUACCUGACCUAAAGUCCCAGAUAGGGCAUCUUAGUAAGACAGCUGAAGACGUUAAGCAGGCCACAGAUAAAACUGGUAGUCUACUUAACGGUCACAUUGUGUGGGCAAAUUCGACAUAUGCGGAGUUCAAAAACCACCGAAGCGACACAAACAAGAAAGUGUCGGAGUUUGCGAGGAAGCAUGACACCACUGAGAGGAAACUAGACGGAGAGGAACUGGACGGCGCCAUGACCAAGGCGGAGUUAGACCAUCUGAAAGGCAGAACAACAGUUUACGAUUUCGCCUUCCUUCUAACUCUGCUGAACAUAAUUGCCGUCGUCUUUGUAGUGAUGUAUGUGAGGCAGACUCAGUCAUCAGCAACAGCAUCGUCAACAGCACCAGCAUCAACAGCAGCAGCCUCCCGCAACAAUGUACAGCAGAGGGGCUCCCGUCGUGAGGAGCUGUACGAGCUGCAGUGGAGCCGGCCGAUGGAGGACUCGGUGUGUGUGGUGGCCUUCCAUACCGAGACAGAGGGGAGACAUGCUGACCAGACCAGGUCUGUGUUCGAGUCUGUGAAGCAACCAUGUCCCACCAUCCACUCUCGGGUCAUCAGACGCCACACAGACAUUACACAGCUGCCGGGGUCGCGUGUCUUCCUCGUCUUUGUCGACUUCAACGAGCGGAACGUCAUCUUGGAGGAUCCGACCAAGGGGCUGGGCGAUCUCAGGGUGACCACUGUGCGGAGUCUCUGGAGGUUUGGAGCCGACGUGACGGUGAUCUACUGUGGUGACCAGGGGUCAGUGAAUUUGGACAGCCGUCUUUUCAAUCAGGACCUUGGCUCCAUCCACAGACAGCAGGAGUUGACUCAGCUGAAAAGCGAUGAAAGGAUUCUGAGUAUCUACAGCGACUUCAGCAACACCCAGAGACAACAUUGCAGGAACUUCAUCAACAGGCUGUUACAUGUAACGUAAAAGCAGGCACAACGUUCUUAUCAACUUUGAAGCAACGUCGCAUUUCACCUCAGUGUCUUUCUUCAGCUGAUUACGACUUCAGCAACACAUGGAAACAACGUUGCAGGAACGUCAUCAACAUAUUGUUACAGAGAGCUUGGUGAUAUUUCAGCUGAUUACGACUUCAGCAACACAUGGAAACAACGUUACAGGAACGUCAUCAACAUAUUGUUACAGAGAGCUUGGUGAUAUUUCAGCUGAUUACGACUUCAGCAACACAUGGAAACAACGUUACAGGAACGUCAUCAACAUAUUGUUACAGAGAGUUUGGUGAUAUUUCAGCUAAUUACGACUUCAGCAACACAUGGAAACAACGUUACAGGAACGUCAUCAACAUAUUGUUACAGAGAGCUUGGUGAUAUUUCAGCUAAUUACGACUUCAGCAACACCCAGAAACAGUAUUGCAGAAACUUCAUCUACAGACUGUUACAGUGAACUUAGUGACUGUUUCGGCAAAAUACGACUUCAGCAACGAUGACGGUUACGUAGCCAAUGCCGCAACCACAAACGAUUACCGAUUUACAUAUUAGUAAAUAGCUGUUAUGGUAACACUGUACAUUAGGUUAAACAUUGUGUUGCCUUGGUAACAAUGACUUCCGUUGGUUUGAUGCGGGUCGUAGUCUUGAUAUGUUACUUUGUUUACGUGGUUACCUCUCUGUCCAGAUUACCAAGGUGUCUGUACUAUCGAGGUUUAACGUAUAGUCAAACGAUCAUGACCCACUUGUACAAAACCUGUGGUAAGCAUGUGUUAAAGUGUUGGAGUUAUCGCUAAGAUUGCUUUGUGCAUGUGGGUCCAUAUCAAUGUUGAUGAAUAAUUGUCUAAUUGGCACCCAAAUUUGGAUAUCCCUUCUGUUGAGAAUAUCCCUUUUGUUGAGAAUAUCCCUUCAGUUGAGAAUAUCCCUUCUGUUGAGAAUAUCCCUUUUGUUGAAAAUAUCCCUCUUGUAUAACGCUGAGGAAUGGUGACAAAUACCACAUAUUGGGGACUUCUUUACCAAUCUCAAAUACAAAAACAGAAAAUUACAAAUUACAAUAAUUGGAAAUCUGUUAAUAAUGUGAAAUUGCUAUCCAGUGUGGAUGUAAGUUGCAUUGGGAAUAUAAACGCCCAGCUUAGUUCACUAUUCUCAUCCUACCGGGUACCCAUUCGCCGCUGGGUAAACGAAGACAAGAACACACCUGUGUUUCGGAGUAUUCUAAGUCCCUGAGCUCACAGGAGUCUACUUUUCGAGUGUGGCCAUCCAUCCACCGACUCUCCGCCGCCAGCUUUGCUAACUUUGCCUGAUUUAUAUGACCUCCACACUAUGCUUAAGGUCACGCUCCAACAGUAUUUAGUUUCCUUCAAAUAUGAUCUCUAAAUGUUCCCAUUUCCCCACAUAAAUAAUAAUUAGGAUAAACAACGGACAUGAUGUAUAGUUGCUAAUUAAUAAUGGACCAAGAGGAGAUGAUUAUACU